AGGUACUUUCAGAAAACGGGGUGCGGGACUUGGAAUGCAAAAUACAGCCUUUCUGUAUCACUGGCAGUCCACAGGAACUCAUACAGAACUUAUUCCCACCUCAACCUUAAAGGACAAUUCCUGUUCUCGCUCGUAAAUGGAUAAUGACACCCUACUGCUCUUUAAUGACUCAUGCUCAGGCGAUACUGGGUACCUAUGUACUAACAGAUCGAUACCUAUCGGGGAUCCCAUAAGACCUCCUCAGUUGGUGGACGCUUGGCUGGUGCCCUUGUUUUUUGCCAUGCUUAUGGUAAUAGGGCUGAUCGGGAACUCUCUAGUUAUUUAUGUGAUUUCCAAACAUAAGCAGAUGAGGACAGUCACAAACUUCUACAUAGCCAAUUUGGCAACUACAGAUAUAAUAUUUCUGGUGUCCUGUGUACCCUUCACAGCAGCUUUGUAUCCCCUUCCGGGAUGGAUAUUUGGAGAAUUUAUGUGCAAGUUUGUCAACUAUAUCCAACAAGUAUCAGUUCAAGCCACCUGUGUGACCCUUACUGCUAUGAGUGUUGAUCGCUGGUAUGUGACAGUGUUCCCACUGCGUUCAUUACGACAGAGAACACCUCGUGUGGCAGCUGCAGUUAGUCUGGGCAUAUGGAUAGGUUCGUUCAUUGUUUCUAUUCCAGUUCCUAUAUACAACCAACUCAUGGAGGGUUACUGGUUUGGACCACAGAUGUACUGCAUUGAAUCCUUUCCAUCAGUAUCUCAUGAGAAAGCAUUCAUCCUUUACAAUUUUCUGGCAGUCUACCUUCUGCCCCUGUUAACUAUUUGCAUCUGCUAUUCUGCCAUGGUCUACCAAAUGGGACGUCCUUCUGUUGAGCCAGUGGAUAACAGCUACCAGGUACAGCUUCUGGCUGAGCGAUCUGAGGUGAUGCGCACAAAGAUUUCCCGCAUGGUAGCAGUUGUUGUCCUGCUUUUCACCUUUUGCUGGGGUCCAAUACAGCUCUACAUUCUUUUCCAAGCAUUCAGCCCCACCUUUAGACGUGACUACUAUACCUACAAGGUGAAGAUUUGGGCCCACUGUAUGUCCUACACCAACUCCUCUGUCAACCCAAUUGUUUAUGCCUUUAUGGGUGCCAACUUCCGUAAAGCCUUCAACAAAGUCUUUCCCUUUCUUUUCAAGCAAAGAGUGGGAAGCACAACUGUAGCAAAUGCCAAUGCCAACACUGAGAUGCACUUUGUUUCCUCAGGCACCUAGGAAUCUAAAACUCCAUGUACGCUGCGUGAAUGGGGAAUAGAUGUAGUUUUGUUUUUCUAUGGACACAUCACUUUGGCUCCAGAUGGCUCCCACAAGAAUAUUGAUCGAUAUCUCAAAAUUAUUUUAUGAAUGAGGCAACAUGAAAUGCAAACCUUUCUCCACAUGGGAACAGUAAUAGUAAUUUGUACACGGCAAUAAACCAGCAAGAUUGUUUUUUAUAAGCCUUCAUUUUCAAAACUUGCCAAUACAUACUUUAACCGUGUGUCUCUUAACAUUUCAUCUGGAGUGAGAAAUCCAGUGGAGAGCUUUAAUAAAACAUUUCUAUGUUUGACGAGAGUUCGUGAAUGUAGACAAAUUUUGCUU